AGCUCUCCUUAAAAGAGAAAAUUAUAUGAAUACACAAAAUUUGGAGCCCAGAUGAAAUAUUGAUCUCUUGCUCAAAAAGUUUAGACGGGGAAAGAAACUUACAAUAUAAUUUUAGUCACAGGGAAGAUCUUUACUCUCAUCUCCAAAAGUGGACAGCUAAAUGAAGAUGCCAAGGCUUAGGCUUCUUCCUCUGUUGAUAGUUCUGUUUCUCUUCCAUUCAUCUGUUGAUGCAGCGGACACGAACAUCAGUCACAAGAAGACAUUCAUAAUUCAUAUGGACAAGUCAUACAUGCCAGAAAGCUUUGAUGAUCACCUGCAGUGGUACGACGCUUCUUUGAAGUCAGUAUCACAUUCUGCAGACAUGCUGUAUUCCUACAACAACGUCAUCCAUGGCUACUCUGUUCAACUAACGGUUGAGGAAGCCAAGUUGCUCGAAGAGCAUCCAGGAAUUAUAUCAGUCCAAGAAGAUGUUGUGUAUGAACUCCACACCACCAGAUCACCUGAGUUCCUUGGACUCCUCAACACUGGCGCCUUGUUACCUCAGUCCAGCAAAUCUAGUGAUGUAAUCAUCGGUGUGUUGGACACCGGGGUUACGCCUGAACUGAGCAGUUUUGAUGACAAGGAGCUUGGUCCAGUCCCAAGCAUCUGGAAGGGUACAUGUGAAGUGGGCAAAAGCUUUAGUGCAUCAAGCUGUAACCGCAAGCUGAUCGGCGCGAGGUUUUUCUUGAAAGGUUAUGAAUCUGCAUAUGGGCCAAUUGAUGAGACAAUAGAAUCAAAGUCCCCAAGAGAUGAUGAUGGUCAUGGAACACACACAGCAACCACAGCAGCUGGAUCAACUGUGGUCGGAGCAAGCCUUUUUGGUUUUGCUGCUGGUACAGCACGUGGAAUGGCCCCUCAUGCCAGAGUGGCUGCAUACAAAGUAUGCUGGAUCGGAGGAUGUGUCAGCAGCGACAUACUAGCAGCAAUGGACAUGGCAAUCGCUGAUGGAGUGAACAUUCUAUCAUUAUCCCUGGGCGGAUCAGUCUCUGAAUAUUUCAGGGACACUGUAGCAAUCGGAGCAUUUGCAGCAACAUCAAAGGGAAUACUCGUUUCCACAUCAGCUGGAAAUGGGGGGCCUAGUGAAGGAGCCUUAUCCAAUGUUGCACCAUGGAUGACAACAGUCGGGGCUGGCACAAUGGAUCGUCAGUUCCCAUCCCAUGUUACGCUUGGAAAUGGAAGAAAGCUGACAGGAGUAUCACUAUACAAAGGAAAACCGUUAGCUCGCUCAGUGCAACUUGUGUAUGCCGGAAAUGCUAGCAGUAUGUCCACAGGUAAUUUAUGCAUGAAAGGAAGCUUAAUACCAGAGAGAGUCCGGGGAAAGAUAGUGCUCUGUGACCGAGGACUUAAUCCAAGAACAGAAAAAGGAUUGGUUGUGAAGGAUGCAGGCGGCAUCGGAAUGAUUCUAUCAAACACUGAUACUUAUGGAGAAGAGCUUGUUGCAGACUCCCAUUUCAUACCUACAGCAGCUGUUGGUCUGAUAGCAGGUAAUGAGGUGAGAGAUUACAUCACGUCGACGCAUAAUCCAACUGCUACAAUUGUCUCUGGGGACACUCAACUAGGAAUCCAACCAUCACCUGUCGUAGCAGCUUUCAGUUCAAGAGGUCCGAACCCAAUCACACCAGAAAUACUGAAGCCAGAUUUGAUAGCACCAGGUGUUAAUAUUCUAGCAGGUUGGACAGGAAAAGUUGGUCCAACAGGGCUGCGCGAGGACACCCGGCGUGUAGACUUCAACAUAGUUUCAGGCACUUCAAUGGCAUGCCCCCAUGUAAGCGGAUUAGCAGCGUUGAUCAAGGGUGCCCAUCCAGAAUGGAGCCCUGCCGCUAUUAGAUCAGCUUUGAUGACCACUGCUUAUAGCAAAUACAAAAAUGGAGAAAGAAUUCAAGAUGUUGCAACUGGAACAGCAUCAUCGCCAUUUGAUUAUGGUUCAGGACAUGUGAAUCCUGUAUCAGCCCUUGACCCAGGUUUAGUCUAUGAUGCUGCUGAGGAGGACUACAUAAACUUCCUUUGUGCCAUAAAAUAUAGUUCAGCAAUGAUCAAACUCAUCACAAAGCGAGAUUACACCUGCAGAACAGAUAAGGAAUACAGUAUAGGGGAUCUUAACUAUCCGUCUUUUUCUGUUUCCCUGCAAACAGCUUCAGGCCCGAAUGGUGGAAGCAGCACUACAUCGGUAGUCAAAUACACAAGGACUCUGACUAACAUGGGACAACCAGCAUCUUACAAGGUCUCGAUCUCUCAGGAAACAAAGGAAGUCAAAAUAGUAGUCAUACCAGAGGUGCUUAAAUUCAGCAAACCGAAUGAGAAGAAGACUUACACAGUGACAUUUACUGCAGACUCAAUGCCCUCUGGUACAACCAGCUUUGCUCAUUUGGAAUGGUCAGAUGGAAAGCAUAUAGUCAGUAGUCCAAUUGCAUUCAGCUGGACAUAAUAUAGUACGGAAGAAAGACAAUUGUAUCCCCAUAAUUAUCUUGCCACUAAAUCUCAGAAGCUCAGCUUCCCCAGCUGUCUCUGAAAAAUGAUGUGAAGUGCCCUUCAAACUUCAAAGGAGGCUGUUUACAAACUA